AUGGAACGCCAGCAUAGGGUAUUGGCAACUACAAGUAAUCAAGGCCAAGGUGCUAGCAGUGAGAGUUUGGUUGAUAGAUUUAGUUGUCUUCCGGAAGAAGUUGUCUGUCACAUUCUUUCCUAUCUCAAUGCAUUCGAUCUCAUUCGAGCGAGCAGUGUGUCAAAACGAUGCAGAAUGUUAUAUGUUUCAGUCCCGGGAUUAAAUUUCAAUGUAAAUACGCUGCCCGGAGGGAAAUGCUGGUGGAAGCGAUCAAAAUUGUUGAAUCAUUUGGAUAGGUUAUUGAUUCAACGCGAGGGUAGCAAGAUAGAAAGGUUUCGUAUCAGUUGGGUUUUUGAAGGAGUAACUGCAUGUAACUGUGAGGAGCAUUGUCGAGUGAUCACAUGGAUCUAUACUGCUGUGAAGUGUAAUGUUGAAGAGUUAGAUCUUCAGCUAGCUCUGAACUAUAGAGGGAAAACAACAAGUUUAGAGUUGCCAUAUUGCACCUUCCGUUGUUCAUCUUUGAGGUCCCUAACGCUGGACUUGAAGUUCUGUGUUCUUAAAGCGCCCUCAAUCACCAUUUGCACUAAUCUCCAAUCUUUACUAUUAAGAAGUGUUAUCAUUGAGGAGGAUUUUUUUAAAUGGAUAUCGAGUUCAUGCCAAUGCAUCAAGGAGUUAACUAUUGACUGUGUUCUAAGGCCGAACAGUAUCUGCAUUGAGAGCCCAUCUUUGGAAUCCAUUCAUUUUAUGUUUGUGGGUAGACGUCAACAAUACGAAGACAUUGAUGCUCUUAGCAUUUCUGGUGAAAAUCUUCAUCGUAUACAUAUUGAGCAUAUUGACCUGAGAUCUUCAGCACGCCACCAUUCAUUAUAUAUUGUGGCUCCAAAUCUCAAAUAUUUGAAUUUAACUGGGAAUGUUGCUCGUGGUCUAUCUGUGGAGAAAUUCAUACAUUCAGAAGAAGCUAUGAUAUUUCUCAACCCGGGGAAGAUGGUUUUGACAAAGUAUUUGAAGUGGUUAGCUGUAUACUUGGGGUUAAAGUUCUUCAUCUAA